UGUGGUUCCAUUGUGAACGCGGCUUUCCGUAGAUCCGCGAGGCAUGUUCCCGUCUUUCUUCAGUUUUGUUUGGUGUGCUGUGGAGUGUGUAUGUUAGUGGAUUCAUCAUGGCUGCUACAUUAACAGUGGAACAAGAAAAUGUGAAAAAGGACUUCAUAGACAAAGUGCACGCCAAAUUUCGGAAACGGCUCGACGAUUCGACGGCCGUGCGAUUUUUGUACGCGCGAAAGUUCGACGUUUCGCGGGCCCUCGCUCUCUACGAACAGCACUACCACACCAGGCAGCGCGAACGUCUGGACAAGUUCGACCCCCAAAGGGAUCCGCUGCAGAGCGAAUUGAAGACGGGGAAAUUCACUAUAUUGCCUAAAAGAGACAACGGCGAGGCCGCCAUUGCUGUUUUCACCGCUCACAAGCACAUACCGCAGAACAGCUCGCAUCAAACUACUCUACAGGGUGUUGUUUAUCAACUGGACGUGGCCUUAGAAGAUCCUACCACACAGAAAAACGGGAUCGUUUUUAUAUACGACAUGUCUAAUUCUAAGUACUCCAAUUUUGACUACGAUCUGUCCCAGAAGAUUUUAACACUUCUAAAGGGCGGUUACCCAGCUAAAUUGAAGAAGGUGCUGAUUGUGACGGCGCCCUUAUGGUUUAAGGCCCCGUUCAAGAUCCUGCGGCUGUUUGUGAGGGAGAAGCUGCGCGAGCGCGUCUACACGGUGUCGGUGGCGCAGCUCCUGAACCACAUACCAAGGGACUCGCUGCCGACCCAGCUCGGGGGCUCCUUCAAUCUGGACCAUCAUGCCUGGCUGCUGCACUGCCUACAGUCAAUGAACACCCGCCCGGAGUCGCCUCUAUUAAAUUACGAUGGUAAGACGCCAUCACCCCAGAAGCAGAUACAACAGCAGCGCAUCAGCGGCGGGCCGGACGUGGACGGGCUCACGACGCCACCCGCCAAUAACAUAGGCCACGUGGUCGUGGUCGACACCUGGGCCGAGGAGGCGAAUCUCAAUCCGCCCUCGAGCGCCUCGAGCGGUUUUUCCGACGACGACAGUUUACACGGUGAUGGCACUGCCCUCACCAUGCUUCAACUAGUCGAUUACGUCAAGGAUCGUGGAAAGACUGGGCUGGUGAAGGAAUACGCCGAAAUCCGGAUGCGUCCACCAGAUGGAACCUUCAAUGUGGCGAAGCUGAAAAACAACCUGCCCAAGAAUCGGUAUACGGACGUGCUGUGCUAUGAUCACUCGCGUGUUAUUUUAUCGGAAGUGGACGGUGACAGAGACAGUGAUUAUAUUCACGCGAACUUCGUCGACGGUUACAAGCAAAAGAACGCCUUCAUUAAUACCCAAGGUCCUUUGCCCAAAACCACCCCAGACUUUUGGAGAAUGGUGUGGGAACAGCACACGUUAGUUAUAGUGAUGACGACAAGGGUAAUGGAAAGAGGGCGGCCAAAAUGCCAUCAAUACUGGGAGACGGAAGUUAACGGGGAAGCAACAUAUGGUCAAUUUACUGUUAAAACAGUGGCAAUAGAUGCUAGUACGGAUUAUACGAUAUCGACAAUAAUUCUUACUAACACUAAGACGGAGGAGACUAGAGAAAUUUCGCACUGGCAAUUCACCUCGUGGCCGGACUAUGGGGUGCCACACGCCAAGGUGAUGCUGGAGUUCCUGGAAAAAGUUAGGAAUAAACAGGCGGAAAUGGUCAAAAAUCUAGAAGACACGUGGGCUGGACACCCACGAGGGCCGCCAAUCGUCGUGCACUGCAGCGCUGGUAUUGGACGAACAGGUACCUUCUGUACGUUGGACAUCUGCAUAUCGCGAUUGGAGGACGUCGGCACAGCCGAUAUACGCGGUACCGUUGAGCGAAUACGCUCCCAACGUGCCUAUUCCAUCCAGAUGCCUGACCAGUACAUAUUCUGCCAUUUGGCAUUGAUCGAAUACGCGAUCAACAAGGGUCACCUGCAGCCGCCCGAUCUCACCGAUUUCGAUGGCCCCGAGGAAGACUCCGAUUAGAUAGAUAGCCAACAAAUUGUAUUCUUAUCUGUUUCUUAAGUCCCAUCUUAAAUAUUCUUCCCCACGUCCCCAGAUUCCAAAAAAUUGUGCUUUAUUCAAUUCCAAUUUGGGUUCGUUUGAUUUGACCAUGUGUGAGAAUGUCAAUUUGCGGUUUAACCCACGAAAUUUGCAUUGUAUUAUAUCACAUGUCAUGUUCUAAAUUGAUUCAACUACUGGUGAACUAGUUACUGUAUUCCUGUAUUAAUGUGGAUAUACUGAAUCAAGAAUUGAGUACAUAGAGCUUAUCAAAGCAUCAAGAAAAAUGUCUCACUUUCUUGUGUUAGAUGAAUUCUGUCUGGGUAUAAAUAACCAAAUACAAACAAAUUACUCAUUAGGCUUUGUUCCAAAUUACUAAUAAAUAGAAAUCAUCAUUUUACUCACAAAAUACGUGAUUAAAAAAUUUAAAAACAGGGUCUAACAUCUACUUGUUAUUUAGGACCAACAUUAGGAUAGUUUCGGAACUUUUGGGCUUUUGUAACACUCGAACUAAUGGCGUUUAGAUUAUAGUAAACUCCGAUGUCAAAUCAAACGGACUGAAGAAACUAAUAAAUUUGUAUUGUGAUGUGGAUCGUUAAAGAGGUUCGUGGUUUUUUUACAACGGCGAUGCCCUUUUCUGCUCGGUUGUUAUUUAUUUCAAAAUGUGGAAAUUACGUCCAGUAAGUGUAAUGUAAUGCGUAUUUUUGACACUAAUUCAGACAUUUGAUUCAGAAACAAGUCGGAUUUGGUAUGGUAAACUGAAAUUGCACUAUACUAUUUAUUGAAAACCUGUUUCGUUUGGCCGAAUCUGAUUGGUUUCUGUAUAUGAAUGGCCAACGAAAACUGAAACAUAGAAAUGCUUAUGAUGUAGGUAGUUGGAAGUUCGCAAACUAUUUUUUAAAUUUCACUUUAAAAUGUAUGUAAAAAGCGCAUUAACAUGUUUGUAAAAUAGUGCUCAUUAAGCGUUAAAUUAUUUAUGGUUUUUAAUAUUUAAUUUAAAUUACAUGUAUAUAAAUGUAAUUUAUUAUAAUCAUCUGUUAAUUGAUACAGUUCCUUUGGAAGGUGAGACCCUGUGUACACAUUUUCGAUUAAAACAAAUUCAUGUCCUGUAUAUUUAGACAAAUUUAUUUGUAUAUAUUUAAGCAACGAGUGAUGAAAAUUUAGUAUUGGAUUGUGUAUGUGAAUAGUAUUGGAUUUUUAUGUGAUUCAUUUUAACGUAUUCAAUAUAUUUUUCUAGGAAAUUUACCUAGAUUAUAUAAUUAGGGAUUUACAAUUUUUACAUAUCUUCCUGAAAUUUUAUUACAAUUUCUUUCAUUAUUGACCAAAACUUAUUAUUUUUAAUAGCUGUUAAGGGUUCCAAAAAUGUUCCUCAUAUUAAAUGUACUAAAACUACACCAUCAUAUUUUAAUACGUGGUUUAUUAUAUUACAAUCAACUUAUGAUUUUAGAAAGUUUAAUAUAAUGGAACACUUUUGAAAGAUUAAACUAAAAUGUUUUAAAGUAAUAUAAAUAAAUAUAUUGUGAAUUAAUUACAAAUAGAUGAAAAAGUAUAUCUGUUCAAUGAACUAGAUAUAUUUCUAUAUGAAGACUGUCCAAUUCUCAUGUUGUCUUUUGUCUUUUAUUAAAUAUAUGAUUUGUCAAGGUAUCUGUUUGAGAAACAUAUACUAAGGAUUUUUUUGUUGCUAAAGUAUUAUAUUCUGGAACUAUUUAUGAAGAUUUUAUUUGUAUUGUAAAUAUUUUAUUUCAUAAUUAAUUCAUAAAAUGCUUUAUAAAUAUAUGUUUUUAAUUAUU